GCAGAAGAUGGCGGGACGGCUGCCGGCCUGUGUGGUAGACUGUGGCACCGGGUAUACAAAACUUGGAUAUGCUGGAAAUACGGAACCACAGUUUAUCAUCCCUUCAUGUAUUGCUAUCAAGGAGUCUGCAAAAGUGGGAGAUCAAGCACAAAGGAGGGUGAUGAAAGGUGUUGAUGAUCUAGACUUCUUUAUUGGGGAUGAAGCAAUAGAAAAACCAACUUAUGCAACAAAGUGGCCAAUCCAUCAUCGUAUAGUUGAAGAUUGGGACUUGAUGGAGAGAUUUAUGGAGCAAGUGAUCUUUAAAUACCUAAGGGCAGAACCUGAAGAUCAUUAUUUUCUUUUGACCGAACCUCCACUAAAUACACCAGAAAACAGGGAAUAUACUGCUGAAAUAAUGUUUGAAUCCUUUAAUGUGCCAGGCCUAUACAUAGCUGUACAGGCUGUCCUUGCUUUGUCUUGGACAUCAAGACAGGUAGGAGAGCGGACAUUGACUGGUACAGUUAUAGACAGUGGAGAUGGUGUCACUCAUGUCAUUCCUGUGGCUGAAGGGUAUGUGAUUGGCAGCUGUAUCAAGCACAUUCCAAUUGCUGGAAGAGACAUAACAUAUUUUAUUCAGCAGUUAUUAAGAGAAAGAGAAGUAGGAAUUCCUCCCGAACAAUCCCUGGAAACUGCUAAGGCAGUGAAGGAACGUUAUAGUUAUGUCUGCCCAGAUUUAGUCAAAGAAUUUAACAAGUAUGAUACAGAUGGGUCAAAGUGGAUUAAACAGUAUACUGGAAUCAAUGCAAUUUCAAAGAAAGAAUUUUCCAUUGAUGUUGGUUACCAACGGUUCCUGGGGCCAGAAAUCUUUCACCCAGAGUUUGCUAAUCCAGACUUCACACAACCUAUCUCAGAAGUAGUAGAUGAAGUAAUUCAGAAUUGCCCUAUCGAUGUCAGACGUCCUCUCUACAAGAAUAUUUUCUACCAAGUAUGCCACACCAAAAAGGAUUAUGAAGAAUUCAGACCUAGUAUUUGCUGCCACAAUCCAGUGUUUGGGGUCAUGUCUUAA